GCACUUUUUUGUCGGCUGAUGUCUCGAACUGAAUCUCGUUCGCGCCUACCUAUACUCGGCCUUUACCAGACCCAUGAUCUGCAGUAUCCCAAUAACCUCGCAAUGAGGGGGACAGCGUCUCUGCAUGGCAGCCUCCAGGGCGCCGGCAAACGUUUCUUGAGCUCCCAGAGCCGGCGGGUCUGGCCCUCCAGCCAUGACCUCCCGCGAAAGAGGCCGCUCGGGGAGGACAGCCAGGCCGACCAGGUCACCUGGGACCUAGCGCAGACUCAGCUUCGGCCUCGUAUAGACGCCGACAGCAAAACAAUCGCCACCCCAAGCGGCGAUCUACCAAUAUCCCCGCUUAUGGACGAGCGCGGUCUGAAGGCGCAGAGAAAGCGGAGGCUUCCUAAGCCCGCCGCCGACAAGUCCCAAAAUGGAAUAUUUGAAAGGCGGCUCGAGGACAACCCAUAUGCCACGGCCCUGGGAACCCCCAUUCGCCUGGAUGCGGCAACAAACACGAUUCUGCCCAGGUUUUUCUUUCAAGACUUCCACUUCGUAAACCAUCCCGAAACGAACGCCCCGUGGUUUACGCCAACCUCACUAUUACAGAGCAGCGAUCAACCUACAAGGGACCGUUCUGCCAGCGAGCAGUCUACAAUGAAUUCUGACCGCAUAUACGAGGCCAUAGUUGCGCCUGAUGGAGAGGCCGACGGGGUAGAAUCACCAGAAGCGCCGGCAGAUGCCAGCGCCGAGGAGCUUUCAAAGGAGCCCUCCAAUACCUCCCGACCCGAAACCGCGGGUGCCUAUGCCAUGUUCCGACGGGACCUGUUCACGGCGCUUGUCGGCGGCGAAGGGGUACCUCAGGGGCUCAAGCAGUACCGCAACAGACACGCCAAAAUGGCGAAUUUCGCACGCCAGGCGCGUGCCGUCUGGCGCGCCGACAUGGACGAGGUCGUGCUGGACCUCACGCGAGCGCGCGUGUUGAAGAGCCUCUUGUACUUGGCCAGGUUCGACGAUGACCCGGUGGAUCCCAGACAUUACAUAGUGCGUUGCCAAGCUGAAAGUCUCGAGGCGGAGGACUGGGCCAAGCACGAGUUCCGCGGAUGUGUCUUGUGGCUUGGCGGUGGCGAGGCGAACAGCGCGCCGCCGCCGAAGGAGUUUGAGAUCAUUCCGGUCCCAAAUGUCAGGCGCAACACGGCUCUGCCCGUACACGACCUGAACGGGCUGCUCGGGGCCAAGGCAGUCGAGAGACUUCGUGCGGAGUCUGUGAUCUUCAGAGAAGGGGCUUUCUUUUUGUUGUCGCGGGCGAGGACCAAACAGCUGCAGAUGUGGUUGUGGAAGCUGCAGGGCUAUCUUGCCGAAUAUCCAGAGUUCCAGUGAUGUCGACAAGUUACAUGUAGAUAUGCCACAAUGUAAUGCAAUGCAAUGCACUGCCGUAUACGUCUUGGCGGGCGGUGCGUGGUCACAUAUCUGCCUAAUCCAAAACCCCGCGUAUCCUCACAU